AGGCUCCGGGUCCUGUCGGAUGUCGGGAUGAGCCCGGGUGGAUUCCCAGGAAAAGGCGGAAAUUCCCCGCUCUUCCUUUCUUCUCCUAUGCAAAAACACAAUGGCGGGAACGGAACUGGAAAAGGGGCGGGAAGAGGGAAGGGCUGGAUGGGCCAAGGGGAUUCCGGGUGGGAAUCCGGGAUCCUUCCCGGGCUGGGAGUUUGGGAUCCUUCCCGUGAUCCUUGCCCAUGGUGGGAGCCUGGGAUCCUUCCCAUGGCAGGAGGAGGGGAUCCUUCCCGAGAUGGGAAUCUGGGAUCAUUCCAUGCUGGGAAUCUGGGAUUGUUCCAUGCUGGGAAUCUGGGAUCAUUCCUGGGAUGGGAAUCUGGGAUUGUUCCAUGGUGGGAAUUUAGGAUCAUUCCAUGGCAGGAGGAGAGGAUCCUUCCCAUGCUGGGAAUCUGGGAUCAUUCCUGUGGUGGGAAUCUGGGAUCCUUCCAUGCUGGAAAUCUGGGAUCCAUCCCAGGACCCUUUCCCACAGCUGGAACUUCCCAUGGUGGAAUCCUGGGAUAUUCCCGGGGUGCUGCCCCAGGGCUGGAUCCCAAGGGUGGAUCCCGAGGGUGGAACAACACCAGAUCCCAAUUUCCGGAGAUCCCAAUUCCCACUCGAUCCAGGCUGCUGAAGUUCCCAGGGCGGAUCUGUCCCGUCCGUGUCCCGCGUUCCCGCUGUUCAUUCCCGGUAUUCCCGCCGUUCAUUCCCGGUAUUCCCGCCGUUCAUUCCCGGUAUUCCCACUGUUCAUUCCCGGUAUUCCCGCCGUUCAUUCCCGGUAUUCCUGCCGUUCAUUCCCAGCGUUUCCCGCUGCCUUCCCCGUGCUGUCAUUCCCGAUUAUUUAUGCUCCCGCGGGAUAGCGAUGGAAUAAAACCUUUGCAGGAUACCAGAGCUGUGUUCCCGCUUUUCCUUCUCCAUCCUGGGGGAUCCCAAAGGAAAUCCUGGGAUUUGCGAUUCCUCCGGAGCAGCUGGAUCCCAGGAUCCGGGAGCUCCUCGUUCCCAGCCCAGCAAAGCCAGGAGAGGAUUUUCCGGGAGAAAGGCUCCAGUUUUCCGGGAUAAUCCUGUGGAAUUCCCGAGGGAAAACAUUCCAGGAGGUUCACUCACCCCCAACCUCGCCCUGGGCUUCAUCCAAAAAAUUUCAGGGAGGCAAAGGGGAUAAAAAUCUGGGAAUUCCCACUUUUCCAGAGCCACAAUUCCUUCUUUUUAUGGUCCUAGAAAAAUCUGGGAAUUCCCGCUUUUCCAGGGUUGCCAUUCCUUGUUUCAUUUUUUCCCGGAAAGAAUUCCAGAGGCGGGAUUUGUAUCAAAAGCUUUAUUGAAAUUCCUCAAAGCCAAACAGACAAAAACUCCAAAGGUGGCUCUGCCGGGCCCCCAAAUUCCCAAAAAAAAAAUCCUGGAGCCGCUGGAUUUCUACACACGGAAGCUUUCCUAGGAAAUCCAUGUCACUUCCAAAGGGAUUUUUCCCAUGGGAUCUGGACAUUCCCCAAGGAUUUUCCGGGUUUUUUGCCUCCCCCAAGGUAAGAAAAUCCAAUUUUCAGGAAUUUCCAUGGAAUUUCAGGCGU